UACUCAGAAUCUGCAGAAUGUGACAGGGAAUACUUUACCAGACAUGAGACAGAAUGAGCCAGAGUCACUCCCAACAUUUUGAGCAACCAAACGUAAAUCAAUGUUUCUUUACCGUACGAUUUUAAAACUUUACUCUGCGAGCUCUCCGAUGAGUGGUUUUUGCAGAUUCAACAGCAACAAUGAUUGCCCCAUUUGGACGAUGGAUGGGUGUUGAAAGGGUUAAUAUACUCCAGUAAACUCAUAAUCCUCCCAUCAAAGACUUGUGCAAUAAUUGAAGGAUAUCAUUUAACAGAAAACCUCAGCAAGUUUCGACUUGUUGAGAUUAUGUGAUUACGGGACUACACAAUAGGACCAUUGUUCAUCUCAAAUAAUGUUUUUCAGACGGCAACAGAGCACUUCAAACAGUGGACUAUUUAUUCAUCCGUGCUGGCAGUGUGCACACCAGUGAUGGCCGAGCUUUAUUGCAUAGGCUGAGCAUCAUGGAAAUGGAAUGAGCUGUUGCUGUUGUUAUAAACUUCAGAUCCACUCACACCAAAAGGAACCAAAGAUCGACUGACUUUUUGUUUCUUUAGGAAGCGGUGGAGAGGUGUCGGGGAUGACCACAGACCUGUGGUGGAGUCUGGUGGAUAUCAACGAGGAGCGCAGUGAGGAGCAGCAGAAAGCAGGAGGUGGGGAGGUCGUGGGUAGAUGGACCGACCUCCAUCAGGCAGCCUCUAGUGGCAACGUCCACCUGGUGAAGACGUACCUGCAACACGGUGCCCUCAUCGAUUCCAGGGAUGAAUACAGCUGCACUCCACUGCAUUAUGCAGCGUUUAACGGCUGCCAGGCCCUGGUGAAGUUUCUCCUGCACCGUGGGGCACAGGCGGAUGCCACGGACAAGCAUGGAUGGACGCCCCUCCACAGAGCCGCGUGGAACGGCCACACCCAGAUUGCCGUGCUCCUGCUGCGGCGUGGGGUGUCCACCAGCGCAUCCACCAGAUGCGGCCUGACGCCGCUGCACUGCGCCGCUGCAGGGGGGCACCUGCUGACCGUGCAGCAGCUGCUGAGUCACGGGGCGGGGCCCGACGCGUCCGACACACACUGCUGGACCCCGCUGCACUGGGCGGUGGUGAGCGACCAGUUGCAUAUCAUCGAGUUCUUCAUCUCCAAAGGAGUCUCCGUUCAGCGCACCACCUGGGGGGACAUGACCCCCUUGCACUUGGCUGCGGAGGUUGGGAACAGAGGAGUCAUUAAGUUGCUGAAGGAAAACGGGACGUGCAUCAAUGCUGAAGAUGCUGUGGGAAGGACAGCAUUGUCAAUCGCUGCUGCCAAUGGCUAUGAGGAGGUGGUGAUGGACCUGCUCGCCCACGGAGCGGUGGACACUGACAGUGCGUCCGCUCUUCAGGCUGCGGCGGCAAUCGGUCACUUUGGCAUCAUGGAGGCUCUGUCGCAGCGAGGGGUCGGCGUGGACGCCAGAGACGGCCUGAACAUGACCGCGCUGCACCGGGCAGCGGAGAGAGGCGACGCGGAGGUGGCGGAGUAUCUGAUCAACCGCGGGGCUGACAUAGAGGCGAGGGGCCGGCUGAUGAAAACCCCGCUCCACCUCGCCGCCGAGAGGGGGCACGAGCGGACCAUCCAAUUACUGCUGAACAAAGGAGCCGACAUGUACGCCACAAACCAGUGGUACGAAACGCCCCUCGACAACGUUUCCACACGAGCCUUUCAUGAUGGAUGUUGUCUGGUAGAAAAAUAAACCUUCCUGAGAAACACAAUUGACUCGGUGUUUAAGAAAGAACUGCAGAUGCUGGAAAAAUAGAAGGCUGUGCCCUCUGGUCCUAGACUCUCCCACUAGUGGAAACAUCCUCCCCACACCCACUCUAUCCAGGCCUUGGGCAAAUCUUGAACAAAACCUAAAAAAAAAUGUUUUUUCCCCCUGCAAAUAAACUUUAU